AUAUUGUUGUUUACCUCAUUUUAUAAGGUUUUGAAACUUUUGAUUUCUUUCUUUUUCUAGCAUAUUUCCUUUAAAAGAUGGAAUUCGAUGAGAAUAUAAGUAAACUUUUGCUUAGUGACACUCAAUAUAUUAAAGAAUAUAUUGAACAAAAUUCACAUAAAAUAAAUCAACAAAAUAGAGAUGGUGACACACUACUACAUCUGGCCUGUGCUCUCGGACACACAGAAAUUGCUGAACAUCUGUUGCAGCAGCCUGACAUUGAUGUAAAUGCUCCGAAUAACGAUCUGUACACACCACUACACCUGGCCUAUGUCAAGGGACACGAAGAGACAGCUAAACAUCUACUGCAGCACUCUGAUAUUGAUGUAAAUGCUAAGGAUAGCGAUCAGUGCACACCACUACACCCGGCCUGUGACAAGGGAUACACGGAGACAGUUAAACAUCUACUGCAGCAGUUUGUUAUUAAUGUAAAUGCUAAGGAUAGCGAUCAGAACACACCACUACACCUGGCCUGUGUCAAGGGACACACGGAGACAGUUAAACAUCUACUGCAGCAGAUUGAUAUUAAUGUAAAUGCUAAGGAUAACAAUCAGUACACACCACUACACUGGGCCUGUGUCGAGGGAUACACGGAGACAGUUAAACAUCUACUGCAGCACUCUGAUAUUGAUGUAAAUGCCAAGGAUAGCGGUCAGUACUCACCACUACACCGGGCCUGUGUCACGGGACACACAGAAACAGUUAAACAUCUACUGAAGCACUCUGCUAUUGAUGUAAAUGCUAAGGAUAGAAAUCAGUACACACCACUACACAGGGCCUCUGUCGAGGGACACACGGAGACAGUUAAACAUCUACUGCAGCAGUUUGUUAUUAAUGUAAAUGCUAAGGAUAGCGAUCAGAACACACCACUACACCUGGCCUGUGUCAAGGGAUACACGGAGACAGUUAAACAUCUACUGCAGCACCCUGAUAUUGAUGUAAAUGCUAAGGAUAGCGAUCAGAACACACCACUACACCUGACCUGUGUCAAGGGACACACAGAAACAGCUCAACAUCUACUGCAGCACCAUGCUAUUGAUGUAAAUGCUAAGGAUAGAUGUCAGAACACACCCCUUCACUUGGCUUGUUGGGAUCGACGCACGGAGACAGUUAAACAUCUACUGCAGCACUCUGAUAUUGAUGUAAAUGCUAAGGAUAACAAUCAGUACACACCACUACACCGGGCCUCUGUCGAGGGACACACGGAGACAGUUAAACAUCUACUGCAGCACACUGAUAUUGAUGUAAAGGCUAGGGAUGACUAUGGGGCCACACCACUACACUGGGCCUGUGUCGAGGGAUACACGGAGACAGUUAAACAUCUACUGCAGCACUCUGAUAUUGAGGUAAAUUCUAAAGAUAGCAAUCAGUACACACCACUACACUGGGCCUGUGUCGAGGGAUACACGGAGACAGUUAAACAUCUAUUGCAGCAUUCUGAUAUUGAUGUAAAUGCUAAGGACAACUAUUGGGUCACACCCCUACACUGGGCUUGCCUCAGGGGACACACGGAGACAGUUAAACAUCUACUGCAGCACUCUGAUAUUAAUGUGAAUGCUAAGAAGAACGAUAAGUACACACCACUACACCUGGCUUGGGACGAGGGAUACACGGAGACAGUUAAACAUCUACUGCAGCACUCUGAUAUUAAUGUAAAUGCUAUGGCGACCAAUAGGAUCACAGCCCUACACUGGGCUUGUCUCAGGGGACACACGGAGACAGUUAAGCAUCUACUGCAGCAUUCUGAUAUUGAUGUAAAUGCUAAGGAUAGCAAUCAGGACACACCACUACACCGGGCAAGGGGCAUGGGACACACGGAGAUAGUUAAUCUCUUACUGCAUCACUCUGAUAAUGAAGUAAAUGUUGAGGAUUGUGAUCAGUGCACAGAACUACAAUGGGCCUGUGGCAUGGGAUACACGGAUACAGUUAAACAUCUACUGCAGCACUCUGAUAUUGAUGUAAAUGCUAAGGACAAUAAACAGUACACACCACUACACCGGGCCUGUGUCAAGGGACACACGGAGACAGUUAAACAUCUACUGCAGCACUCUGAUAUUAAUGUAAAUGCUAAGGAUAUAGAUCAGUGCACACCACUCCACCAGGCCUGUGACAAGGGACACACAGAUACAGUUAAGCAUCUACUGCAGCACUCUGAUAUUGACGUAAAUGCUGUGAAUAAAAAAGGGCACACACCACUCCACCAGGCCUGUGCCGAGGGACACACGGAGACAGUUAAGCAUCUACUGCAGCACUCUGAUAUUGACGUAAAUGCUGUGAAUAAAAAAGGGCACACACCACUCCACCAGGCCUGUGCCGAGGGACACACGGAGACAGUUAAGCAUCUACUGCAGCUCUCUGCUAUUGAUGUAAAUGCUGUGAAUAAAAAAGGGCACACACCACUCCACCAGGCCUGUGCCGAGGGACUCACGGAGACAGUUAAGCAUCUACUGCAGCACUCUGCUAUUGAUGUAAAUGCUAAGGAUAGCAAUCAGACACCACUCCACCAGGCCUGUAACAAGGGACACACAGAUACAGUUAAGCAUUUACUGAAGCACCCUGCUAUUGAUGUAAACACUGAGGCUACCAAUGGGUACACACCACUCCACCAGGCCUGGGACAAGGGACACACGGAUACAGUUAAUCUCUUACUGCAGCAUCCGAGCAUUGAUUACUAUAAAAGAGAUAAAUCUGGUAACACACUACUCCAUCAGGCAGUUCUAAGACAAAGCUAUGAUGUAGUCACGUUGAUGCUAUCCCAGGAUUCAGUGAAAUUGAACAUAACAAACUGGGAUGGUAUAACACCAUUUCUUCAAGCUGUCUCUUGCGGCAACUUCAGAAUAAUGCAGGAAUUCAUUUCUAAAGGAGCAGACGUAAAUGUGGUCGAUAAUAUCGGAAACAAUUGUCUUCACCUUGCGGUGAGGAAAAAGGAGUUCCAUUCUGAGGAUGAAUCCUUAACUGUCUUGGAUAAGUACUACAAAAAGCUCCAGCUUAGCAAAGGAGGCAAGCUUUCAAGCCUAGCAGUGGCUUGUUUUCUGGCCGACAAUGGAGCCAACUUUUACCACAGAAACGUAUGGAAUGUGAUGCCGCUGGAUCUUAUCAACGAUACAAAUUUAAAGGAAAAAAUUAAAGCACUUUUCCCACCACCAUUAUGUCUGCUGUGUAAAUCUAGUGAAGCUACAGUGACGUUUCAACCAUGUGAGCACACUGUUACAUGUAAAGAUUGCUGUUCAGAAAUGAGCCUAAAAAUUGUCCCAAGUGUCAACAAGUUAUAGUUGACAAACGUGGAUUCGAGUACAUAAAA